GCAUAAUUAUAAACAUAAACAUUGAUGAUUGAUCAAUGAAAAAAAAACCAAAUAAAAUUUUUUGGAAAUUCCAUCCCCAUUCUCAUACAAAUUCUUUUAUAUUGCAUUUCCCUUUAUUAUUUUCAACGACAACAACAAAAAAAAAAUCAUCAUCGAUUUGAUUGACUCAUCAUCAUCAUCAUCAUCAUUGAACGAAUGAAUGAAUCAAAAUCUCCACUUGUUUAAUAUCAAAAAAUCACCACCAUAAACUUGGCUGUAAACAACAAAUUAGUGUACAAUUUUUUUAAAAAAAAUGGACAAUCGAUUAUCAUCAUCAACGCCGGGUAUUAUUCAAAUUGAAAUGGAUACAUCAUAUACGAUGUCUAAUUAUAGUAGUAAUAGUUCAAUUAUAAAUCGUUCAUCACCAUCACAACGUUCAUCAUCAUCAUCAUCAUCAUCAACAUCGACAUCGGAAUCAUCGGCAAUGAAUAAUGGUAAUACAAAUAACAAUGAUGGACGUAUUACAGAAACAUCAUUGCUUUAUUCAUCGGCAACAAAUACGACAAUCGAAAAUAAUGGUUCAACAAACAAUCAUAAUGAUUUGGAUAAUAAUAAUAAAAUGAAGAAUAAACUUGAAGAACAACAGGAAAAAGAAGAGAUGUUAGCCGAACAACAACAAGAGAUCAAUGGAAAUCCUAUUGAUCCAUAUCGUACAAUAUUCAAACAAAGUAAACAACAUCAUACAAGACAAAAAUCAGAUUCUUCAUCUAAUAAGAUUGGCCGUUUUACUGUACGUACAUUUGAUCAACUAAAUCCAUCACAGAAUUUUGAUGACCAAUCACCAUAUUCAACAACGACAAAUUGUUUUGAUACAAUCACUAGCCUAAUACCGACAUCUAAUUUUGAAGAAACUGAAUAUGAAAGCGAUAGUCAAGAUGUUGGCCUUAUUAUGGAUCAUGGCCAUGAUCCUGAUGAUGAAGAAAUGGCCAUUGGUAAUGAUCAUAAUGCAAAUAGACAAUUGAUUAUUCCACAUACCGAAGUACUUAUAUCAAGGUUACGUAAUGAAGUGGUUAAACCGAAAAAUUUUAACAAUGAAGUACGUGCCGGUCGUGAUGUGAAAUCAUUUUUGGCCAAUCCAUGCGUUCUACUUGAUCUCGAAGGUGAUUCUGUUGAAGAAAUUAUUGAUCAAAUGUUGACGGCCAUCAACAAUGAUCUUGAUGGUACACUAUUAUCCGAAGCUCGUUCAUCAUUAUAUGAUGCAAAAAAUGCCUUUCAAUUAAGCGAUUUUCUUCAAGGUAUCUAUCAUACUGAGACUGGUGAAUAUCUACAUGAUCCUACAUGGUUAUGUACAUUUGCAACAGUAAACAAUCUUUCCGCUCGACGAAUCGUAAUUGCACGAUUAGAUCGUCCAAGUAAUUUUGGACCUACAUUACGACAUGUUCAAUUCAUUGUAUUAGUUUUAGUGCCAUCCAAAGAGAAAACAUCAAAAUCAGCAUUUGAAAUUGCACGAACAUUUGCAUCAUUAUUUGCAGAUUCAACAUUGCGAAUGUCACUUUUACAAUGUGAGAGCCAAGUCGAAUUUUGUCAACAGAUUUCCGAUCGUGUUGCUUUUCUAAAAAGGAGACAAUCAUCAAAAAAAUUUAAAUCAUUUUCAUUGGACAAAUUGGAAAAUCAUCCGGAUCAUCUUGCUAAACAGAAACAAAGUUUUGGUUUCGGUAAAGGUUUAGUCAAUGAUUUUCGUCGUCGAAUUAAAUAUUAUCCUAGUGAUUUUAUUGAUGGAAUCGUUGGAAAGAAUACCAUAUCAAAAGUAUCGGCAGCCGUAUUGUCUAUAUUUUUUGCCUGUAUUCUGCCACCAAUUGCUUUCGGUGUUGUCAAUGAACAUAAUACACAUGGUUUGAUAGGACCGAAACAAGGAUUAAUUGGCCAAGCAAUCGGUGGACUCAUAUUUGCAUUGACUAGUGGCCAACCAUUGGUUAUCAUUGCCACAACGGCACCAUUAACAUUAUAUGUUAAAAUUGUCUAUCAAGCUUCUCAGGAUUGGCAUGUCGAUUUCCUUGAUCUAUUUGCAGCUGUUGGUUGUUUCUGUGCAUUCUAUCUUAUCCUUUAUGCUCUGUUAAAUGUAUCGAAUCUGAUGCGUUACGUCACCCGUAGUACGGAAGAGACAUUCGCUACAUUUGUAUUUGUUGCAUUUACAGCUGCCGCAUUUACAGAAUGUCACGAAAGUUUCCGUAAACAUUAUUGUUUUGAUAAUCUAACUGGUUAUUCAAAUUUAACAACAACAAUCAUUGAUUUGAAUGAUAAAAUCGAUAUGGAUGAUUUGCCCAUUCGAGAUUGUCUUCCAGCUAAAAGUAUUUUAUUUCUAUUUCUUAUGCUUGGUACUGUUGCUAUGGCUGUUUUACUUUAUAAUUUCAGUUCUACACCAUAUUUAAAUUCGAUUCUACGUAAUACAUUAGCUGAUUAUGCUUUACCACUAUCAGUAAUUUCAUUCAGUUUGAUCGGAUCAGUUUUGUUUCGUGAUGUACACACUGAUUCAUUUAUUAUUAAUGCCGAUUUUCAAUGGCGUCUUGCUACAUUUCGAACACUUACACCGACAACAAUUGGAUUAGCUGCAUUUCUUGGUUUUUUCUUAUCGAUGUUAUUCUUCAUCGCUCAAUCGGUUUGUGCUUCGAUUGUUGGAUCACCAUCGAAUCAUCUGAAAAAAGGCAGUGCUUUUCAUUGGGAUCUAUUCGUAUUGGGAUCAUUGAAUGCUGUACUAUCAAUGAUUGGCUUACCAUGGAUUUAUGGCAUACUUCCACAUUCACCAUUACAUGCCAGAUUAUUAGCCGAUGUUGUACCGGCUACGGAUUCGCAACAUAAUUCAACUAAAUCUUAUGUGGUUGUACGUGUUCGUGAAACACGUGUUACGGGUGUACUUGUACAUUUGAUGAUCGGUUCGAUCGUAUUAGUAAUACCAAAUUCAUUGUCCAACAUUCCGGUUGCUGUACUCUGUGGUCUUUUCUUAUAUUGUGCUAUUUCAACUUUACGAAAUAAUUCCAUACAUGAUCGAGUAGUCCUUGUUCUUACUGAACAGCAUUCAUAUCCACCCACAUCAUAUCUACGUCAUGUUCCACAACGUACCGUACAUUGUUUUACAGCCACACAAUUGGCAUUACUUGCAUUGAUAACAUUCGUUGGUUUUUGUCCAUGGAAAAGUUUUCGAUUAUUUUUUCCAUUCAUGAUUGCUUUAAUGAUACCAAUCAGACGAUAUAUUUUACCAUUGGUAUUUGAAGAAAAACAUUUAAAAAUCAUUGAUAGUAAACAUUAUUAGCAUCACAAACAAUACAUUGUUCUAUUGAUACACCUAAACAUUAUUUUUUUUUUUUUUUUUGUUAUUCUUGUGAAACUAUAUUUUUUCUGUCCAUUUCUGGAUUCUUUGAUUUUCUGUUUGAUAUUUUUUUUUUUUAUAGAUGGAUUAAUAGAUUUGUUUUUGUUUGUUUUGUUUGUUAAUAAUUUUUUUUGUUUCGUUCACACAGAUUGAUUUGUUGUUGAUUAACCCAUUAAUGCCCAUGAUCCUAUAUAUAGGAUAUUUAUUUUAAAGACAAAUAAUUUCAAAUCUA